GGCCGCCCCCCCGCCCGCUCCGCUCCGCUCCGCGCCCGCCGUCGGUGCCGGUGAAGACGGCGGUGGCGGUGCCGCCGGCUCCCGCCGCCCCCCUGGCCCCGGCCCCGCGCCCCUAUGGCCGGGCAGGAGUGGGACUGGUUCCAGCGCGAGGAGCUCAUCGGGCACAUCAGCGACAUCCGAGUGCAGAACCUCCAAGUCGAACGCGAAAAUGUCCAGAAGAGGACCUUUACCAGAUGGAUAAACCUGCACUUGGGAAAGUGCAAGCCUCCUUUGAAAGUGAAAGACUUGUUUAUUGAUAUACAAGAUGGCAAAAUCUUGAUGGCACUCCUGGAAGUCCUGUCAGGACAAAAGCUGAUGCACGAAUACAAAUCUUCAACCCAUCGCAUUUUUCGUUUGAACAACAUAGCCAAAGCACUUAAGUUCUUGGAGGACAGUAACGUAAAGCUUGUUAGCAUCGAUGCAGCAGAAAUAGCAGAUGGAAAUUCCUCUCUGGUACUUGGACUAAUAUGGAAUAUAAUCUUGUUUUUUCAGAUUAAGGAGCUUACAGGCAACCUCAACAGGAACUCCUCCUCCUCCAGCCUGUCCUCUGGGCCCAGUGGUCCAGAAUCAGACACAUCCCCCAGCACUCCCAGCGUGGAGAGAAACAUGUCCAUUACAGUGAAGGACCAGCGGAGAGCCAUCAGGGCCCUUCUAAUCUGGGUGCAGAGGAAAACCAGAAAGUAUGGCGUUGCAGUCCAGGACUUCACAAGUAGUUGGAGGAGUGGCCUUGCUUUCUUAGCUGUCAUAAAAGCCAUAGAUUGUACUUUGGUAGACAUGAAGCAUGCACUGGAGAAAUCAGCACGAGAAAACCUGGAGGAUGCUUUCAGCAUAGCACAGAAUAAACUGGGUGUCCCUCGGCUCCUCGAACCUGAAGAUAUCAUGGUGGAGUCCCCCGAUGAACAGUCAAUUGUGACAUAUGUGGCACAAUUCCUGGAGCACUUCCCGGAGCUGGAAGGGGAAGACUUUACAGAUCCUGACAGGGAGCUUCCAAUUGAGUCCACAUAUGUCCACAUCAAAGACACACCGUCAGAGAAGGAAGGCAAAAUCUUGAUUUUAAGUGAAAAUGAAGAAAACAUGUAUACUGUUAAUCAUGAGAGGAGUCAUCCGGCUCCUCCAAAAGUCCAUAUUCAUGAUAUCCCUGAGAGAAUCCCAUCAGAAACCAUUUCUGAAAAUUGUAAUGGGAAACUGAGUCAAGCGUCAGGCGAUGUACAGGAAGCAUCUGAAGAGGAGCCUCAAAGGCCUACCUCACUGAAAAUUACAGGACCUGUCAGGUUUGAAUCCAACUCCUCUUGGGAGGUUCCAAAUGAUAAAUUCAUGUCAGGUGAAGUGAGCAUCUCUGAUGAUCCACCGAAACAAAAUGAUGAGCUUUCUCCAGCUGUUCUGACAGAUCAGAAAAAUUCUGUCGACUCUUUUGAAGAAUACUCUGAAGAAUUAACUAAGGAAACCCCUACUGAAUAUGACAAUGAAACCAAGAGCCUUUCAGCCAAUACUUCUUCUUUGAGUCCAUUAUCCUGGACUUCUGGUAUACUUACAGAUGAUUCUAUUAAUAAAGUUGAAGACAGCAAACCCCAGUCUUCAAUUAUUUUACCAGAAGAUUCAUCAAAACAAGAAGAUACACAGAAGUACAUUCUCCACCUUCUAAAUAAGGAACUAGAGACACUUCCACAAGAUGAACAUCCAGAGGAAUCACCUGGCCUUGAGACAAUAGAAACAAACACUUGCUCACUGAAUGAUUCUAAUCUCAAAAGCCAAGAACUAUCUACACAGCAGGAAACAUCUGAUGACUCUCUCUCAGAUAUACCUAAAACUCCAGAGGACCUGGACAGCUGUGAUGAAGUUGAAGCUGAAGUGGUAUCCAGUUCUUCAAAAGUAUCUGUGAUACCCCAUGAUCUCUUUUAUUAUCCACAUUAUAAUGUUCCCAUAUCAGCAGUUCUGAACGCUUACCUCGAGCCUUGUAUCGAAGGUUAUGAUACAGGAAAUGAAAAAGCUUCUUCUGAAACAGUAACAGAUGUUUUACAUGACGAGAACUUACCAGAACAGGACCACAAGGAAGAGGCUCCAGAGCUAGACUUGGAGAAUAAGCUACGUACCCCUCCAUCAGAAACAGAUACUGAGAACAGCGAGGAGGAAACUACAAAAACAAGCAGUCACGCAAACUCUUCGGAUGAAAAAGAAGUGCCAUUACUGGUAGAUGAGUUAGAAAUAGAAGAAGAUGCCAAUAAGGCCGCUGACCAUGAAGAUUCCACUAUUCCACAACAUCCUGAGGCCAUAGUAGAACAUCUAGAGGAUUUACCAAUAGCCAUAAAGACACCAGAAGAAAAUAGUAAUACAGACGAGGAAGAGGAAAAUAUGAUUGAAGAAGAUUUGCAGAUCUCAGAUGUUGCCACUACUAGUCUAUCACAAGAUGACCUGGAAGAAAAUGCUGAAUUCCAAGAAUUUACCAGAAGCAGUGACAGUGAUACCAACUUUCAUCUCCGAAAAAGGUUUUCUCGUAAUGCUUCUGAGGAGGAAACCUAUGGUGUAAACGAGCAGAAGAUGACAGAUAUGGAUGAAAAUCCAUUAAUCAUUGGGGAGAAAAUGGACUUGGAAGCAAGCGAGACUCCGGCACCAACUCAUGAGAUAACAAUUUUUGAGCAGCCAGAGAUAUUCUACUUUGUAAUUUUCUUUUGGGUGCUGGUCUACUGCCUUUUACUCCUUCCACAGCUGCUUAGCAACAAAGUUUGAUCUGUGUGAGGUGUGAAAAAUAAAGGGAUGGUGGCUGGAUUGCUUUGUGUAUCUGCAUAUGAAUAUGUUCCUUCAGGUGAAGCACAAACAGAAAUCCAGAACCUGGUAUUUGUGUUUAUUAUCAGGUUGUUCUCAAUUCCGCUACUGUUGUGCUAUGACAGUGUCAAAGCACGUUUUAUAUUAUGGUAAUUGUGUAAAUAUAUAUAAAAAUUAUCUGAUUUAGUAGAUGCGAUUUUGUACAUUUGUGCCUUGCUUUAUAAGAUGCUAAAUAAAACCAGAUAAUUAUCAGUAGAAGUAUGAACAAUUCAGAGCUCUAGUCUUCAAAAAUUAUUCUGCUGGCUUCACUUUCUUAUGUAGGGCCUGACAGCUAUGGAAGAGGGAUGGUGUUGACUUACCUUGGGGUCUGACCACCUGCAAGGGCAAGGCUAGAAAUGCUUCUUCACAUUUUCCAUUUCAAAGAGUGGGGGGCAGAGCAGAGUUAUAGGUAGUGAAACACACAUCAGGAACUAAUUACAGUUCCAGCAGCAAAUCCAGUGGAGCAACAAAAUCAGGUUGAGGGUUUAUUGGGGUAGGGAAGUUAGAAUUUUUUUAGGAUUUAAGGUAAUUUUUAUCCUGCACCAUUUGGUAUGUUUGAUUUGCAGGAAAAAGUUGGGUAUGAAGAAGUGUGAAGAACAUACAUGCUAGCUGCUUCUUAGUAGACUUUAUAUGGGAAAUCUCAGGCCAGAAACUAAAGUUUUUUAAAAGUACCUCAGUGCUUCUGAGUCUGCUUUUACUUCAAUUUCUUUGCUGCUUUUAUUAACAAAUCACAUAAAGAUUUCUCUCUUUUGCAUAUACAAAAAAUAAUAGGUAAACAGCUUUGCUGAGGCUACUGUUAAGGCACUAGGGUGUGGUAAAAGAAUUAGAAAUACCUUUCAAGUGUCUAUUUAAAUUGAGAAAGAAAUGAUAGAUGUAAAACUAAAUACAGAAAAAUGCUGACAACGAGUAUUGACUUCCUAGUGCGACUAAAGAGAUUCCUGCAGCUUAUCCAUGGGCACUGUUGAGCUACUUCUGCCUCUUGCAAUUUUUGUCCACAUCAGUGAUCACUUUAGGAUAUUUCAUAUAGGAUUUUUGCCAGAGAAGGUGUAAUUCAUGCUUUGUAGGACAAAAGAGAAGUCUUCAAUUUCAUAGCAGUAGCUUCUCUCCAUGUGACUUUUAGUGAAGUCACUACUUCUCAUUGGCACAUUUUUAGUUUCAUGGUGUGCUUUAUGAGACUACAUCACAUUGCUGCUUCCAUCUGAAAGUUCAGAAGGCUGACUGCAAUAUGCUUCCUAAAAUGAAGGGGUUUAAAAUUUUACUCUAAGUGAAAAUUAAAUAAUGGCUGUAAGUUUUACAUAUUUUGUGGUAGCAUAAGGUGUAUCCCUGCCCUGGCUAAAUUUUCAGAUGAACUAAUUGCACCUGGAUCAAGAUGCAUCAAAAUAUUCAGCAAUUUAUUUGCAGGUAUUUAAAACCUGUUUGUAAUCAUGUUAUCUGCUGGGGCAAUGCUACCCAUUCGUCACACUUCAUUCUUCUUCAUAAGCUUUUUGUCCCCCUGAGAUUUUUCUCCUGAGCUGCAGUUGGAAUUCAAUAGAUGUAAGGAAUGACAGGAGAUCUUAAACAUUGAAGAUAAAAUUCUUAACACCUUUUAACAAAGCUGAAAUCUUUCCUAUUCUGUCCUGCCACUGUUGACUAGAGCUGGAUUCACCCCAUGAACCUAGAAAUAAGAUCCAUUGUUCUUGAGAAAGAGAUGCAAAUGUCCCAAAUUAAUUUGGUUUAAAUCAGCUUAAGUAAAAAAAAAUAUUUCUUUCGUCUUGUUCAGGAAAGCAGUCAAGAUUUUGAGUCAGCUGAUUUUGUGAUCAAUGAACCUGUUUGUGCUUGUUGUAGAAGACAGUGAUACCUUCUUCCAAAACAAAACCUAUAUAAGAAUUUUUGAAGGUGCCUUCUGGAAGUAGACUAAAAUAGACAGUUGAAGGGUUAGUGCUUUCUCCUCUGAAAGAAUAAAACUUAGUACAAGAAACAUUUUAUGCUUAUCCUGAAAACCAAGAAUACCAAGCUGGGGUAUGACAUCUAUUUAAUAGCUGCAAGCAGCAGUGUACUACACUACUUCGGAGCAAAAUGUUGGCAGCUUUUCAUUAUGUUCCACUCUUCAUAGGCUUCUUUGGUUUAUGAUAACAUUUUCUGACUCUUUGUAUCUUCUUCCAUGUUUAUUAAUCUGCAGCAGAGGCUAUUUGGAGUUGGAUUGCAGUCUCUUUAUAGGGCUUUACAGCUAUCAAAGUUCAAUCAAGUAUGCUCCCCUCUUCUUUCCUUCCUCCUAAGAAAAUGAAUCAGGAUGAGGAACUCUUUGGAUGUCUUAGCUAAGCAAGUGACAUCCAUGAAGAAUGGAAAGGUGACCAGGAAUGUGGUGAUGCCAGAAAUGUCAUUACACAGUACUUUUGUCCAAGAAGGAGAAAACCCAAGGUUUUCUUUGUUACUUGUCACUGAUGAAGAGUGACUGAUACAUUGCAAUGAGCAGUUUAAAUGUCAAACAGCAUCCCACAGUUGUAUUGGUCAUCUUCACCAAUGUCCCUCAAUUGAGGGACAUUUUCCAGCCUAUCCCAUUGAGAGACAGAGAUUGCUUCUUCCAUCCAAAACAGAAGAAAAAAAAAUAACUAAGUCAUUCCAUGAUACUUGGUAUUACAUUGCUUUCAAUUUUGGGGUUUGUUUUGUUGUGGGUGUGCUAUAACAGAAGCAGUGUACCUUACCCAGCCAUUCCAUGGGUGAGAAGACCCAGGGUGAAGCACUAAGAGUGAUUACACUGAUCAAUUGUGCAUUAAAAAACUGAAUUCUUUAAGAGUUUUGCUUUUACCUCGAACUGUAAAGACUGACAUCUGCAUAAGCAGCAGCUUCCCCCAGUUAAACUGACUCGUGAGCCUGCAUCUCUUCUUCCACAGCACAAGAUCCAGUUCCUUAAUGCAAGGGCCCUGUUCUGAAAACACUGCUUGGUUUUGGGGUUUGUGGUCUACUCUGAGCUAUUGCCUAAAAGCCUGGUUAUGAAACGUUUACUAUGGCAAAGCCUAUUUUAACUUGCUGCCCAGAGGGCUGGCUGGUGAUAGUGGAGGGUUUAAACCCUGGUGGGCAAUCAUUGUCUGCCCAUUUUCCAAUAGAUAUGUGCACUGUCUGAAUACAGAAGUUUUUGCUGAACUUUUGCCUGGGUUGAAAAAUGCUAAGCUUGAACUGACCACACAUGGUAUAUUGAUUUGGCAGCUGAAUUCAGAUACACAGAGGUACUGAUCUGUUAAGACUCUUUUUCUAAAACAUGCUGGUUUUGAGCAAAUGUGGGUAGCAGGGCAUUGUGAAGUGUAAGUGUCAGGAAGUGCCUUGAGGAUCACUGGAUAAAGGAUGUUUGGUGUUCACAGAAGCAGCAUUAAAGACUGUAAUAGGAUGGUUCAAUGUCAUUGUAGUCAUAACUGCAAAGUGUUUCAUCAUGAUUUUAUAGAAAGUGCAAGGAAAGAUACACCAUUAAAGACAGAGCCCCACUAAACAUUUAUGGGGCAGAUGACUUAGAGUUGAAGAAGUGAGUUAAACAGUCACAUAAUCUACAAACUGACCAGAAUAUAGCUUUUGCCAAAUUGUAGGAAAUUAUCAGUGCAUCAGGAAAUUUGCAGGGCAAACACAGACUACAGUAAAAAACGACAAUCAAUUUUCAACGCCAUGAAUAUUUUUGAGAGAUUGAGCUCUAAAAUGUAUUUUUAUUGAGUUUCUAGAUUGUAAUGAAUGUGUCUACAGAAUUUUAUGCAAAGCUUGAGAGUUCAGCUGUUUUAAAAUGAUUUUUUUAUAUAGCAGUGAUUAUUUUAUCUAUAUAUUUAAUAGAAUUGUAAAACCAUUUUAAGAGUACCUGUAAAAUUCUAUGUAUGUGAUACGAUUAUUUAUUAAUUAUGACUCAUGAGAAUGAACAUUAAGCUAUGCAUUGGUUGUGUCAUCUAUUUGAAAACUGGAAACUGCAAACAGGAGAAGAGCUUUUAAUGAACAGCAGAUCUGAAAAGCAGAGGAAAUAACUGAAUACAUUUGUGUGAUUCUUAAAGCUGCAUAGCAAUAUGUCAUUUUGUGAUGUUAAACUUUCAGCUAAAGUUGCAAAAUAUACUGAGUGAUUGAGCUACUUUCUUCCAUUAAAACUUCCCGAGGCUGAAAUUUCUACAUGUUGAUAUUUGGCGCCUAAACACACUUAAAUCCCAUACAUUUUCUGGACACUCCCAGUUUACUCCUGUUCAGUAUGACUGUAACUUCUUUAUUCAAGUAGAGCUCCACUGACUUUAAAAGGGUACCAUGCUGUACCCAGUAGGGGUUUUUAGGGUUCUCUGCACUAAUCCUCAAAGAAUUUGAGCUUUAGAAGAUUCACUUGGCCAGUGUGUGUGGUAUCACAUUCAGCCAUCUAACACAAUAAUAAUUAUAAUUGUGCAUUAUCACUUAUGCUAGCUUUAAAUACUUGGGAGUCCCUUCUUGCCAAGCACAAACAUGAAUACAUCCAGAGAUGUGUUCAGUUCCUCUACUUCUGUGGAAGUCAGUGCAACACAUCUGUGUGCUAAGCACACACUACAAGAUCUGGCCCUGGGGGCACUUAAAUCAACAUCAGACACAUAGGCCAGGAAGUCACUGGAGCCUAUGCAAUGCCCAUGCAAAUCCAAUGUACACCAACCAUGCACCACUCACUUCAGUUACCUCCAUGUUACACAGAGCGUUUGUUUGCCUAAAUUCUGCAGAAUCAACCCUCCAAAGAGAGGGAGUUAACAUCUACUUCUGUCUUCAAUUAAGCGAACAGCAGCAGGGAACAAAUAACUGGAAAGCAAGGGUGAGGUUUCAGGCUGGGGUAUGGCCAUGGAAGUUCCCAAACUGCUACAGCUGAAAGCUCAUACCCUGACAAUAGGUUGCCUGCUGUUUCCAUUGAGCUAAUAGGUAGCAGAUCUGAAUGGAGGUAAAAACCACAAAAUCCUUUGUAUUUCUGCAUUGUGCAAGUUUUUGUCAAGUAAAUAACUUCCCCUGGCACACCACUGAUAACACUAAUUUACAGCUGCCCCAAUUUACCAUUGUUCCCAUUCCAGGUUUGUAUAUAAACAGGACACACAGUGUGGCUUGUCCUCUCCCAUUCCAGCCCAAGACCAUGAAGCCAUUCAUGCAGGAGGAUGGGAUGCAUGUGCAUUCAAUGAUAUGGAAAAGUCAUGUUCUUUGUGGAGUAGCUCGCUUGCUCUGUCCAUUGCUUCACACAACUCCAGAGCUCACAAAGGGUGAAAAAUUAAUCCUUAUUUUUGCAAGUGCCAUAGUCACUUCAGGGUUAUCUUAACUGAAAUUGUAGAACAUCAAAGUAUUUCUUUCCUCCACUAAAUGUAAGACAUGGAAAACCUCCUCCCACCUUAGUGGCGCUUUUGACAAUUCCUUUCCAAGCAGCUGCUACUGCUGAUACUGGAAAAUGAGACCCAUGCAAUUUCUCUCCAUAGUGGGGGGAAAUGUCUUAAGUUUGUGUCUCUGGAACAUAAAAUUGGCUCCUGAGUGAUUAAUAUUUUCUUUUUUUUUAAUUUCUUUUUCUCCAUGAAGAGGUUAGAAGGACCAAUAAAAAUUAUUUUAUCUUAGUAAGAGAUACUAUAACCCUAUCAUUCCAAGAAAGGCUAGUUCCUGGUCAUCACUGCUGUGUAAAGACCAGGUAAUGUCUUAUUCCCCAGUUUCCUUAAUUUCAUUGGGCCUUCCUGGAAUCUCUUUGAUUCACAUAAUAGAUUUGCUGUAGUUUGUACAGGGGGGUCCUUGGUCCAUGGCCAUUAUUAAAACUGUAACAGAAAAUCACUCUUGUUUAUUUCAAAAUGAGUGGUCUGAUGUGAAUCAAGUAACUUUCAAUGUAUAUGCUGCUGAGUUCUUGAGAGAAACAAUGGAGUCACAUUUUAAUGCCAAAUAAGUUACACAAGUCAAAUAAGUAUUUUUACUGUAAUGAAAAAUUCAAUUUGUACUUUUGUCUUGAACAAAACAUUUUAGUAGGCAUACCACCUUGUGCUAUUGUAUACCGCUGUGUAAAAAGCUGAAUAAACUGUUUUACCUUUCUUGUUAAAUUCUCUAGUUUAAAGUGCUAGAUGGCUAAAGAGUUAAUGAGGGACUGCAUCCUAAAUAAAUAAUUUGUAAGUAAGGAAUGUAAUAUUUAAAAUACAUGUUUCUCUUUGGCAAGUGAAAUGAGGAAUGAUGAUUUUUUUAAAAAUGAGAACAAAUGCUGGGAGGAUUUGAGUGGUGUCCAGAUAUACUGAAGGAAAUGCAUUUUCAUGUACUAUCAAAUACAUUUCUUCUGAAUACUUUCUGUCAGGGGCUUGUAUUGGAUGUUUGCACUAGUUGAUCAAAGCUAAUUUUUGUGAGACAGAACUAAAUUCUUCUGUAUAGCUGGUAAACAAAAUGUUUUUAGAAACUGUAAUGCUGUUAUAAGAAUAGUAUUUACUAGUGAAUAGCUCCAAUUUAUUUUACAGAAUCUCCAAUUUUGAAAUAAAUGGACAGGCUUCCUGUAUCUAA